GCGCGGCUUCCUCCUCCGGGCGCAGGAGGCGAAAGUUUGGCCCCCCACGUGGCUCCCUCGUGCAAGGCCGGGGGCGGGCAGGGCGGCCAAGGGUGGGCUUUUGAGCCCCUCCCGGCGCCAUCGGAGCCGCACUGAGCGCAGCCGCCGCCAGAGGAGGAGCGAAAGCAGCCGGACGCGCCAUGCCACCCGCCGAGAUCCUCAGCGGCAAGACCGUUUCCGCGCAAGUACGGGAGAGAUUGAAGAGCCAAGUGGCAACCUUAAAGGAGAGAGUUCCGGGAUUCAGGCCAGGCCUUGCAAUUUUGCAGGUUGGUGAUCGGGAUGAUUCAAAUCUCUACAUUAGCAUGAAGCUGAAGGCGGCGGCUGAGAUCGGGAUCAACGCCAAUCACAUCAAGCUGCCAAAUACCGCGUCGGAAGCUGAGGUGCUGAGGUGCAUUAAUGCGCUGAACGAAGAUCCGGCCAUUCAUGGGUUUAUCGUGCAACUGCCUCUGGAUUCGAACAAGCCCAUCAACACCGAGAAAAUAACCAACGCCGUGGCACCCGAGAAGGACGUGGAUGGAUUGAGCAGCAUCAAUGCAGGAAAGCUUUCCAGAGGAGACCUGGGCGACUGUUUCAUCCCUUGCACACCCAAAGGGUGCAUGGAACUCAUCCGGCAAACAGGAAUCCAAGUGGCAGGCAAGAGAGCCGUGGUGAUUGGGCGGAGUAAGAUAGUCGGCGCGCCGAUGCAUGACCUUCUGCUAUGGAACCACGCCACGGUGACCACGUGUCACUCCAAGACUGCAUCGCUGGCUGAGGAGGUCAGCAAAGCAGAGAUCUUGGUGGUCGCCGCUGGCAAAGCUGAAAUGGUGAAAGGCGAGUGGAUUAAACCGGGGGCGGUCGUGAUAGAUUGCGGGAUCAACCACAUUCCAGAUAGCACAAAGGCCAGUGGGAAAAGGGUAGUCGGUGACGUGGCUUACAAGGCAGCCAAGGAGAAAGCCUCUUACAUCACCCCAGUGCCUGGCGGAGUUGGACCAAUGACUGUGGCCAUGCUGAUGCAGAGCACAGUGGAAAGCGCCCAGCGUUUUCUAGAGAAAUACCAGCCCGGCAAGUGGAAUAUUCAGUACAACCAGCUGAGUCUUAGAACCCCUGUUCCGAGCCCCCCCUCCUCUCCAACGCUGCGCCCCCCGAGGCCUCGCGUUGCCACUUACCCGGGCGGGGAGAGCCGUGGCUGGGCUGCGCUCCGCUCGGCGCGGCCGCCUCCUGCUGCUGCUGCAACAAAGGACUUCCGCCCCCGGCCGCGCCUGCUGCUGCUGCUGCUGCUGCUCUCGCCGCAGAGGCAGCUCCGGCUCGGCUGCGACCGCGCUCCGCCGGACCCCUCCCCCCGGAGGGCCGCCAGCCAGCGGCGCCUGGCCCUGCUGGCGGGCGGCGGCUGGGGCGGCCGCGGCCAAUGCACAGGCAUGGCCCGGCGCCUCCCUCCCAGCCCCCGGGCCCAGCCUGGCGGAGAGCGCCUGGCUCGGAUCCCCACCCCCACCCCAAGCAGCGCCCGGGCCCUUCUGCAGCACGGCGCCCCGGGCCCUGCACCGCUGUUGGUGGCCCGGCCUUUGCCCGGGGCUUUCUUGUGCUGCGCGCAGGGCUGGAUCUGGGCACUGGCAUGUGGCAUCGGGUGA